AUGAACCUCCUCUACUCCACCGUGAACACCCUUCGCGACCGAUACACCCCGGUCUCGCACAAGUCGACCUUCCGCCAAACGGGCCAAAUUACCCCCGAAGAGUUUAUCGCCGCCGGCGACUACCUCGUCUACAAGUUUCCCACCUGGUCUUGGGGCGACGCCGACUCGGACAGCCGCCGUGUCAGCCACCUGCCUGCCGGGAAGCAGUUCCUCGUAACGCGCAACGUCCCCUGCAAUCGCCGGCUCGACGACGACUUCGCCGGUGACGCGGGCCACGAGGAGGCCGUUGUGGAAGGCGGCAAGAGCUCCGCGGGCGGCGGCGAUGACGACGAGGACGGUUGGCUGCGCACCGGCGGGCUGGCAAGCUCGCAGCCGUUGAAGGUGAGAGAGGUCCGGACGGUAGACGACUCGGGAAAUGUCGGGGACAGGGAGGUUGUGGAUGACGACGAGAUUCCGGAUAUGGAGGACGAGGACGAUGACGAGGCCAUCAUCCGCGAUGCCGGAGACAGCGGCAAGAACAGCGGCCGCCGGACAUACACUUUGUACAUCAUGUACUCGACCUACUACCGCACGCCUCGCCUCUAUCUCUCAGGCUAUUCGCCCAACAACCAGCCGCUGCCGCCGCACGCCAUGAUGGAUGACAUCGUGGGCGACUACAAGGACAAGACGGUGACGCUUGAGGACUUCCCCUUCUUCGCCAACAACAUCAAGAUGGCGAGCGUGCACCCGUGCAAGCAUGCGUCCGUCAUGAAGACGCUGCUCGACCGCGCUGACGCCGCCCUGCGCAUCCGUCGCGAGAAGCUGCGCGCGGGUCGCGCUGUCGGCGGGGACCAGGGGAUGGAGGGCCUCGUCGACGAGUUGGGCCGGCUCGAUGUGCGCGACGCCCAGGCCGCCGCAGAUAAGAACGACGAGUGGGAGGAGGUGGAGCAAAGCGAGGUCGAGGAGCAGGAGGUCGCGAUCCGGGUGGACCAGUAUCUCGUCGUUUUCCUAAAGUUCAUGGCCAGCGUGACUCCCGGCAUCGAGCACGACUUUACGAUGGGUGUAUGA